AUGGUCGAGGAGGAAGCUAAGAGCUUACCUAUGGAGCUGAGCGAGAAGGGAGGUGUGGAGAACAACGGAUUUGUUCAAAAUGAGGCUUUUGACGACAAGGACACCAAUACCAGUAGCCAAGAAGAAAUGCCAAAAACAUGCGUUGUCGAUGCGGACCCAGCAGCUAUUGAGGAGCCAGCACUGAAGCCCUACGCGGGGAUGCCGAAGGAAGUCUUGCUGAAGUUCUCCAGGCAAGCCCGGUACAGAGUCACCAGGGAGAUUCUCUUCUGGCUCACAGUCGCCGCUGCCAUCGUGCUUGUGUGCGCUACGAUCACGAUUAUUGCGCUCUCUCCGAAGUGCCUUGACUGGUGGCAGGCUAGUCCUAUUUAUCGGAUCUAUCCUCGUUCCUUCAAGGACAGCAACAUGGAUGGGAAUGGGGAUCUGAAAGGUAUCCAAGAAAAGCUGGACCAUAUCACGUAUUUGAAUAUAAAAACCAUCUGGAUCACCUCUUUCUACAAGUCCCCCUUAAAAGACCUUGGAUAUGGAGCAGAAGACUUCUAUGAUAUUGAUCCCAUGUUUGGAUCAAUGAGCGAUUUUGAGGAUCUGCUUGCAGCCAUACAUGACAGAGGGUUAAAGGUGAUAAUGGAUUUAAUACCAAACCACACAAGUGACAAACACCGAUGGUUCCAGCUGAGCCGCAAUCGGACUGGGAAGUACACGGACUACUACAUCUGGCAGGACUGCGGGCAGGCUGCCGGUUCGGUCACUCCCCCCAACAACUGGGUGAGUGUCUUUGGGAAUUCCAGCUGGCAGUUCGACGAUGUGAGAAAGCAGUGUUAUCUUCAUCAGUUUGGGAAAGAACAGCCGGACUUGAAUUUUCACAACCCCGCUGUCCAACAAGAAAUCCACGAUAUUAUCAAAUUUUGGCUUGGCAAAGGAAUUGAUGGAUUUAGUUUCAACGCUGUUAAAUUUCUCUUAGAAGCAACACAUCUCCGAGAUGAGCCUCAAGUGAACAAGUCCCAGAAUCCAGAGAGUAUCACAGCCUAUUCCGAGCUCUACCAUGACUACACGACCACACAAGUUGGUAUGCAUGAUAUCAUCCGUAGCUUUCGUCAAACCAUGAAUCUGUUCAGCAGUGAACCUGGCAGAUACAGGUUUAUGGGUUCUGAUGGUGAUGAAAAGGAAGACAUUGAGGCAACCAUGGUGUAUUAUGGGACAACUUUUAUUGAAGAAGCAGAUUUUCCCUUCAAUUUCAACCUAAUUAAUGUGAAAAAUCUAUCGGGCAACAGUAUUUUUGAAGCUGUCAACUUGUGGAUGAGAAACAUGCCUGCAGGAAAAUGGCCAAACUGGGCGGUUGGAAGCCCUAACGCUGCUCGGAUUUCAUCUCGGAUUGGGAAGGAGUAUGUCAACGUUAUGAACAUGCUGCUCUUGACCCUCCUGGGUACUCCGGUAACUUAUUAUGGUGAAGAAAUAGGCAUGGAGAAUAUCGCGUCAGAAACUGUAAGCAAAGAGCCUAUGAACUCUAAUCUUGUUGUUGCGACCUUUCCAGAGAAAUCCCCCAUGCAGUGGGAUGGCAAAGUCAAUGCUGGUUUUACUGAAGGCAACGGUAGCUGGUUACCUGUUAACUCUGACUACCAAAGGGUGAACGUUGAAAUCCAGAUGACCUGGUCCAACUCAACCCUGAACUUGUACAGAGAGCUCACUUUGCUGCGCAACAGCGAGCUACCCAUGCAUCGGGGGUGGAUGUGCUACAUCUGGAACGACAGUAACAUUUUUGUGUACGUGAGGGAGUUGGAUGGGUUAGACAGAGUCUUCAUGAUGGUUCUCAACUUUGGGCAGGAAUCGACAAUAGACCUGAAAGCUAUAGUUCCUAGCCUCCCAUCUGAAGCCAUUGUAAGACUAAGCACUAAUUUCAGCAAUGCUGGUAAAUCUGUCAAUACCAAACUAAUUAAAACUGAAAUGGGAGAAGGCCUGAUCCUCGAAUACAAAACAGCAAAGCCUGUUCAUACUAUGGAAGCUUUUCAAGGAAAUUGUUUUGUGGCAGAAAAAGCUUGUUAUUCCAGUGCCUUCAAUUUACUCUAUGUGAACUGUUAA